UUACACAGACAAAGGAGAAAAGCCCGAAGGAGGCAAAUUUCUGCACUUCCACUCUCUCACAUUCUGGGUUGGAAAUGCUAAGCAGGCUGCCUCGUUUUAUUGUAACAAAAUGGGAUUUGAAGAACUGGCCUAUAAGGGCCUGGAAACUGGCAGCAGAGAAGUGGUGUCUCAUGUAAUACAGCAGGAUAAGAUCAUAUUUGUCCUCUCAUCUGCUCUCAAUCCUGAAAACGAAGAAAUGGGAAAGCACUUGGUGAAGCAUGGAGAUGGCGUAAAAGACAUUGCAUUUGAAGUCGAGGAUUGCGACUUCAUUGUGCAGAAAGCUAAAGAGCGUGGGGCAGUGAUAGUGAAAGAGCCCUGGGUAGAGGAAGACAAAUAUGGAAAAGUGAAAUUUGCAGUCAUCCAGACGUAUGGAGACACGACGCACACGUUAAUAGAAAAUCUUAACUACAAAGGUCUCUUCUUACCUGGCUUUGAGCCGCCUCUCUUCAAAGACCCACUGUUGCCAAAGCUACCAAGUGGCAAGCUGAGUUUCAUUGACCACGUGGUGGGGAACCAGCCGGAUCUUCAGAUGGUCCCUGUGGCAGAAUGGUACCAGAAGAACCUUCUGUUUCAUCGGUUCUGGUCUGUGGAUGAUAAACAACUGCACACACAGUUCAGUGCCCUGCGUUCCAUUGUGGUCGCCAACUAUGAAGAGACCAUAAAAAUGCCCAUAAACGAGCCAGCAAUGGGCAAGAAAAAAUCCCAGAUUCAGGAAUAUGUUGAAUACUAUGGAGGAGCUGGAGUCCAGCACAUUGCUCUGAAUACCCCUGACAUUAUUACUGCUGUUACCAACCUGAAACAACGGGGCAUGGAGUUUAUCAGGGUUCCAGCCACUUACUACCAGCAACUGCGAGAGAAGCUGAAAUCUGCCAAAAUCAAGGUUAAGGAAAACAUCGACAAACUGGAGGAACUGAAAAUCUUAGUUGACUUUGAUGAGAAAGGAUACCUGCUUCAGAUCUUCACUAAACCCGUUCAGGAUAGACCCACUGUCUUUCUGGAAGUCAUACAACGCCACAACCACCAGGGAUUUGGUGCUGGAAAUUUCAAGUCUUUGUUUCAAGCUAUAGAAGAUGAUCAGGAUGCAAGAGGAAACCUUACCAUACUGACAGCAAAUGGAGAAACUAAUUUCAUCUAG